GCGGUGUUCAGUGGUGGUCACGCGCUCAUUCGCACUGCGACGGUGCAGUGAUUAGCGCGCCCGCGUGCGCGCUCCCCUCUCUCUCUCUCCCUCCCCCCUCGUGGUCUCGGACACUCACAGUCGCGCGCUCACAUUCCCCCAUAGAAGUUACCAAGAAAAUUCACCCAUUCAGCGGCGAACAGAGCCCGGCGGACAGCAUGGCUUCAGGAGUCACUGUUAAUGAUGAAGUCAUUAAGGUCUUCAACGACAUGAAAGUGCGAAAGUCCUCAACCUCGGACGAGGUAAAAAAGCGCAAAAAAGCAGUGCUGUUCUGCCUCAGUGAUGACAAGAAGAAGAUUAUUGUAGAGGAGGACAAGCAAAUCCUCGUUGGCGAUAUCGGAGAGACUGUUGAUGAUCCGUAUGCCUGUUUUGUAAAGCUCCUACCUCUAAACGACUGCAGAUAUGGCUUGUAUGAUGCCACUUAUGAAACUAAAGAGUCCAAGAAAGAAGACUUGGUAUUUAUAUUUUGGGCCCCUGAAGGUGCGCCAUUAAAAAGCAAGAUGAUAUAUGCUAGUUCUAAAGACGCCAUUAAAAAGAAAUUUACAGGUAUCAAACAUGAAUGGCAAGUCAAUGGCUUGGAUGACAUUCAGGACCACUCAACCCUGGCAGAAAAAUUGGGAGGCAAUGUGGUUGUAUCGUUGGAAGGGCGACCAUUGUAAACUGAAUAGACACCGGCCAUCUGGAUUCCACUCCCUUUCCUACUUAGCACCUGUAUUUUGAUCCUUAUGGAAGUUUUAGGUGUUCUCUCUUUUUUUUUUUUUUUUUUUAAGUUUUGUUUGUUUUUUUCCAUAUGAAAGUGAUCUCAUUAACAUAUUCAGUUCUAGUGGUUUAUUGCCAGCUGAUGUUUUCAAACCCUGGUUUUGUAUGUCCCCAUAAAAGUUUAUCUUGGAGCACAUUUUGCCUAACAGCAAUGCCAUGUAUCAGUAUUAUAAGUUCAGUCCUCCUUGCACAAACAUACAAUGUCCAGUGUUUAACAUUUUGUAUCAUGGAGAUAUUCUGUACUACUCUAACCGACAUGAGAAUGCUUUCUGUUAAUGCUUCACAGGGUUGCAUUAACCAGUUGUGAGCACUUUGCACUCUACGUUUUGACAUUUAUUUGAACUGUUCUACCUAAUUGGCCUAAUUUGACAUGGCUAAUAUGUUGAGUACUAUGCAGCUAUGAAAGCACUUGCUUAUACACUACAAGUUGAGACAAACCUGGGCAUGGGGUCUAUAGAAUUGUUGUGUUUGUCACCAAAUGGAAGUUACCACCGUCUUUAUUCCUGCAAUGCAUAUGGACAGCCUUAUUUUCAUUUGAAUGAAAUGUACACCACUGAAUAAGGAGGAGGUGCUGCUUGGUUGUUUGUUUUUUAGACACUAAAAGAAUGCAUAAUACCUGUGAAGAUGGCAGUAUCUGUUUGCAGCCUUAAACAUUUUUUGAGAUCUAUGAAGUUGCCACUUUGCAAUAAAACCUUGUGGCAUUGACACAGCCUGUCUCUGGUCUGCCUGGUUUACCGUUUCACUGACGUUUACAUGUUUAGGCGUACUAAUAACUUGUCUUUUUUUAGAUUUACUCAAUUUGUAGUCCAAAUAAAAUGCAAGAUGUGUGUUGAUUCACAAACCUAAAUGAUAUAUUUUUCUUUACUAUGUAUAAUUUACUUAAGGUAGUGCAGUAAUUUAACAACAGUUGACUGCAUUUAUUUUUAACACUAAUGUGGUUUGCCUAUACUAUGUACAACAUACGUAUAUGUCUGUAGUGUAAUACUCUUGCAUAGUGCAUACUGAACAAAAUAGCACUCAUUUUUAUCAUCAAGUUUCUGUCCUACUUGAUGUUACCAGUUGUGAUCUGGUCUGACACAUUUUUUUGAUGUUUUGCAAGUUUAAAUGGACCAGCUGUCCAGGCUCAUGUGCUUCAAGUGUUUCUGUGAAAAUGCUAUGUGUCGUCCAGUUGAACUGGGCUUAAGGCCAGGGGCUGCUUCUCCCUUUGGAGAAUUUGAUCUACUGGUAGCAAGCAGACCUCUGCUGCUUGGUGCUAUUUAUGGCCAACAUGCUUUUGUGUCUUGUCAUCGUUAUCCACAAAUGGCAAAACUGAACAUGCUUCCAAAGAGCUGCGAAAGGGAAGCCUGCUUGAGCAGCCUGGGCAUGGUUACAAAGAGUGUUUUUUGCACUUAUGAAUGGUGGCAAUAAACAGUGUUGCAUUUAAAUUCA